AUGGGGCACCGCGUCGGCACACACCGCAAAAACAGCAAAAAAUCCAACACUCCGCCAUCAGUCAAAGUUCAAACCAUCAUGCAACUCCGCCAAAGAAAUCAACCGUCUUCCAGCAAUCAACAAACUCGCAACGAGCCAAAAUCUCCAACCCCUUCGUCCGUAUCUAUAAACUUGGAAGACAGCUGGAACAGCAAUGGGUCUAUACUCUCUCACUCACUCACUCAGGAAUCAAGCCUUCAUCAAGUUGUAAAAACCAUUCAAAAAAACCCAGCAUCUACUUCAAACAAAAUUCAUGUAUCAAAUAAAACUCAAGCCAACCCAAACCUAUCAGGAGAUUCACUUCAAUCAUCAACCAUAGAAGACGACGAAAGCAGUCACCAGUCCUCUAUAAUCGACCGCCAGCACAUUCCACUACAAAACACCACUGUUCGCUUCCCGCCAAUUUUCGUUCAAACUCGUCCAAGUCUUCCAUGGCACAAAAUCGCCAAGGAGUUGUUCAAACUAGAAGGUCUCGAGAAUAUCUCUGCAAAAAUUACAUCUACUCCUUCACAAAUUAAAAUCAACUGUCCUGACGAAAAAUCAUUCCGUACCGUCCAAAAGUUCCUGGAUGCAAACCAGGAGACCAUAGAGUACUUCUCUUUUCCUGUACAUGAAGAAAGAUCCCUGAAAAUAGUCAUCAAAGGAAUCCCCCUUGAGGUAACCGACACUGAGCUAUCAGACGAACUCACCAUGCUAGGCUACCAACCGCAAUUGGUCAGAGGUUUCCUAAAAAACGGAAAAAGGAUUCCCAUACACAUGGUCUCAUUAAAAAUGACAGAAAACGCGAAAGACAUCUAUAAUAUCGGUGACAUUCUCUUUGUAAGAGUCAAAAUUGAACCGUAUAAAAAUUCUGGGCCUGCUCAGUGUUUCAACUGUCAACAAUUUGGCCAUUCUUCGCUGAACUGCAAUCAAACCCCACGAUGCGUAAAAUGUGGUAAAGAGCACUCCACCAAAGAGUGUACUAAGCCCAAAACAGAUAAAGCUACCUGCUGCAACUGCGGAGGGGAACAUACUGCCAAUUACCGAGGUUGCCCUCACUACAUUGAAAAGCACAAACCAAAACCCAUUCCCAACAGCGUACGUGCUGUGAACAUCGCACAUCAAUCUGCCCUGCCUUCUCCACUCACCGCACCUCAACCGCCAAAUGCCCAUCAAACUACCUCCGUAACUUACUCUGAAAUAGUAAAAUCUCACUCCUCAAAUCCCACCGAACCUGCUGUUACAAUGACGCAAAUACUUAGCAUUAUCAAAAAACUACUUGGAACCAUUCAAAAAUGUCCAGAUUCAAACUCAAAAGACGCUAUUCUGAAUACAGUCAUGUCAAUUCUCAACUCCAUUCCUGAAAAUCAUCAUGUCUAA